AUGAAUGAUUCUCAGCCUACUCGCUUACUGAGGUCUCAGGACCCGUCAACUCUUCCCGAAUAUCUUAGAGAGCUCAAAAGCUCUAAACUCGUCACUUUGUCCUUCAUCCCUCCAAGUAAGCGCAAGAUAAGAGGCUAUAUUGAACCUGGCACAUCCACAGAUAUUCCUAUCAAUAUUCUUUCAAAAUCGCCAUCGCUGCUCAUACCGAUCAGCUCGAGACGAAGAUCACGUCAGUUCAAAGCACGCAGACUCUCUUUCAAGGUGUCUGAGUCCGCCUCUCCCAAAUUAAGUCACACCCCGAAUCAGAAUUUCAGGCAGCUGUUCCCAAAUCUGCAUCAUGAGCUAGCUACAAUAUCUUCAAAUACACAGGGCUGGACCCUCGGUACUUCGAAAGUCGCCUUGCUGCUGAAAAACUACACUGUGUUCCAUGAACACUUGCGCAAGAAACAGAAAGAAUCAAGAUGCAUGCAUAACAAUCUCAUUAAACCAGCUACUCAGCUAGAAAUGCCACAUUUUGCACUCACUGAAUUGCGGCAGCUGCUCGAUCAUCAGUUUUAUGUCAACCAACGAGUCGGACAUACCAUAGAUCAGCAGAAUUUUGGAAAGUUUGAUAUGCGAGUGGAUAGGAUACUCGAACGCCGAAAACAGGUCCGAUUCUUGAUACAUUUGGAAUUUUUUGGAUUUGAUGAUUUGAAACCAGUGGACAACGCUUUUCACGGAGGUGGUUGA